AUGUACAAUGAUUUUAUGCAAGAAUAUAUUCAACUAGGCCACAUGUCACAAAUAAAGGACAUAGACUUAAAUUUUCCACAUUAUGUUAUUCCACAUCAGUGCGUAUUAAGACCAGAUGCUGAAACUACUAAACUGAGAGUAGUAUUUGAUGCGUCUUGUAAAAGUACGACACAUGUUUCAUUAAAUGAACUUCUGAUGGUUGGGCCAACUAUACAGCCUGAAUUAUUCACCACAUUAUUACGCUUUCGUUGUCGAAAAUGGGCUAUAACCGCAGAUAUAACAAAAAUGUACCGUCAAGUAGCUAUUAGUGAUGAUGACAAAAAAUUUCAAUUAAUUUUAUAUAGACAUAGUCCCGAUGAACCGAUUCGAACGUAUUGCCUAAAUACAGUAACUUACGGAACAGCGCCUGCUCCAUUUUUAGCGAUUCGUUGUUUACAACACCUGAGUGACAUGUUUGCAGAUCAAUAUCCACUCGGUUGUAAGGUUAUACGAGAAGAGUUUUACGCGGAUGAUAUGUUAUCUGGAGCCAAUGAUAUUACGGAACUAAAGCAAAUCCAAAAAGAAGUUGUCGAAAUUUUAAACUCUGGAGGAUUUAAACUAGCAAAGUGGCAUUCCAAUCAUCCCAGUCUACUAGAAAAGGAGAAUUAUGAAAAAGCGUUGGAAGAUGACGGAAAUAGCACGAUAUACGCGCUUGGAGUUACGUGGUCGCCUUAG